CCUUAACCAAGUUGUAACAAGUUAAAGCGAGAGAGUAAAUUCUAUCACUUGGUUGUUAACCAACAGAACUCAAACCACAGCAACACUAAACGGCAGCAACAAAACACAGCAACCGUAUCUUCAAAACAGACACCAACCAACUCCAACAGUCAAAAGAACGCUUACUAAAAGAAAGGAGGAAAAAAAAAAAGAAAAAUCAGGCAAAGCACCACACCAUAACUGUAGUUGCAUACACCUCCGCCUUUUUUCUUCUUAGUAAUUGCAAUUAGUAAAAAGCAAUUACCAACACACAAUACUUCCAGUAAAAAAAAAUAUAUAUAAUGAAUAAGCAUGAAAAAAAUAACUGUUUUUAAUAUAAGCGCAAGACUUGAAAUUUGAAGGAGGGAAAAAAAGAGAGAGAGAGAAAGAGAAAGGGAAAGAGGAAGUUAGUCGAUUAAAUCGGGCCCCGAAUAGUUGAUUGGUACUGUUAUUUUAUCGAUCCGAUCUCCUCUUCUCUGGAAAAAGAGAUGAAAGGCGAAGUUCAUCUCGGCUGGAAUUGAACUCAGACAUGUGAAGUGAAGUGGUGUUGGUGUGCCGUCGCUAAAAAUAAAUAAAUAAAUAAAUACCGCAUGGCAAUUUUUUUUUUUUUUCCAACGCUCUAAGAACGAUUCUUUUACCAUUACAAAAACUCAGAGAAAUACGAAACACAAAAAUAAAUAAAUAAAAUAAAAAUAAAAACCAAACGCCAAUAAUAUCAACCAGUAGCAGCAGCAGCAGCAGCAGCAACAAUAACAACAACAAUAACACGAGCAUUAGCAACAACAUCACAACACAACAAACCAGCCUACAACAGUAACAACAUCAAUAACCUUAUAACAUCACCACCACAACACCACCGCCACUAUCAUUACGACGGCUACCACUGUUGCUUCACAACCGGACAUUACUCUCAACUUUUACUUUGAUUUCUUAGGAAUAUCUCCCUCCUCUCAUUCUUUUUCACUUUUAUUUAUGUAUUUCAUUUUCCCCCUCACUAUUUUCAAUUUUCAUUUUAUCUGUUAAGCGAGAAACCAGGAACUUAUCUAUCAACAUCGGCUGGAUUGAACGGGCUUUUUACUUACCAUUUGAAAGGAUUAUCGCUAUAUUAUAAUUUAAUAUUAAUUUAAUUGUUAAGAAUAUUGCACACACACACACACUCACACACACCAAACACACGUACACUAUAUAUAUAUAGGCACACCCACAUAUACACACACACACACGUAUAUACAUGCACAUACGUAUACACUAACAACAGCUUCCUCCUUACACAUUAACCCUCCCUCACUCAUACAAACGCACGCACACACACACACACAGAUAUAUAUAUAUACACACACGCGCGCUCACAUACAUACAUACGAAUACGUAGAUCCACACACACACACAUACGUAAAUUCACAAAUACAUACACACACACAUAUAUGUUUUUAUAUUCAUUCUAUGUGCUAAACAUUGGAGACUAUCUACGACGAUGAUGAACCGGUGUAAAGACACCAAGAUACCCCCCCAGAGGGGUGAAAAGGGGAAGCUUUUUAUUGGUCGUUUAAGCUGGGAGACUCGUUCAGAAACUCUCCUGAAAUACUUUAGUCGCUAUGGAGAAGUUAUUGACUGUAUUGUGAUGAAAAACAAAGACACAGGAUGCUCCAGAGGAUUUGGUUUUGUUACAUAUAAAGACCCAAAAUGCGUGGAUUUAAUUCUGUCUGGAGAACCACAUAUCAUCGAUGGGAGACAGGUUGAUCCAAAAGCUUGUAACCCUCGCACAGCAAACAAGGCAGGGGAAUCCAAGUCCGAACAGACAGUGUCUGAGAAUCAGACUAAAAAGGUCUUUGUUGGAGGACUUCCAUUUGAUGUCGAUGAAGGCGUUUUAAUAAAGUUUUUCUCAAAAUAUGGCAAGGUGAAGGAAGCUUCUAUCAUGUAUGACUUACAGAAAGGAAGAUCUCGAGGAUUUGGGUUUUUGACAUUCGAGAAUGAAGACAGCGUUGACGAAGUUUGCCAGCAACAUUUUGUGACCAUCAAGGGCAAGCAGGUGGAAUGCAAACGAGCUGAACCUCUUGGACGUAUGAAAGGUGACCAAAAUAGUGGCCAGGCAUUACCAACGUCACUAGAUCAACUUCAGCAUCAGUUGAUGCUGCCAAAAGACCAGGUCCCAGACGGAUUGUCAGCGUGGAGGCCCCCUUCUGCUGUACUUACUGACAAUGGAAAUAUCGGUGCUAAACCUGGCUUUGAAAUGGUCAAUGGCACCAGCACUGCUAUUGGGGAUGCUGCAGGUUGUAGUAACAUUGAUGCAAAUGGUGUGCGUAGCAACCCAGCUGGAGUCUGUGGCGCUGCUCUGCCUUACGUUGCAAAUCCCCCGGCUAGUAACGGUGUGAAGGUUUCCAUGUACCAUCAACUGGUUAGCUAUCCUGGGAUUUACUCUGUUAGUCAGCAGCAGCAGUUUCAGCAACAGUUGCAACAACAACAACAACAGCAGCAACAGCAGCAGCAACAUCAGCAACAGCAGCAACAACAGCAGUUGCAACAACAACAACAACAACAGCAGCAGCAACAACAACAGCAGCAGCAACAACAUCAGCAACAGCAGCAACAACAGCAGUUGCAACAACAACAACAACAACAACAGCCACAGCAACCACAGCAACAAUCGCCACAACAGCAAUCUUUAAUGCCAGUUCCGCCGCCACAAUCAGUUGUUCCAACAACAAAUCAGCCUAUCCAAUCAGAUGGUUACGGACAACAGACUGCUCCGGUAUAUGUUGCACAAUCGGUACAAUCUAGGCAACAGCCCCCGCAGGGCUACCUUACCUCUUGGGGGCAGCCACCCCCUUCUGUACCACCAGCAAACUAUGGUAACCCACCUUCUGGUCUGCCUGAAUAUACUUUUCAAGGACCAAUCCAGGACCAAGUAAGUUCUCAGGUUUACAAUCAGUGGAAUGACAGAGCCCAGCAAGGCCUGCCCAUCACAAUGCCUUCUCAACAGCAACAACACCAGCAGCCACAACAGCAACAGCCACAACAGCAGCAGCAACAACCACAGCAACAGCAUCAUCAUCAACAGCAGCACCAACAGCAACAGCUUACUCAAAGCAAUCAGGGUCAACUGACUACUACACCACUACCUCCAGCUGUUGCAAGUAGCUAUCAAGGAUAUUCACAGAUGCCUCUCUUAGGACAAACCGUUCCUCCGCCUCCUAACUAUGGAAUUCCACAGCAAACUCUGUCACAGUCACCAGCCUUACCUCCUACUGUACAGUAUGCCAAUUACAGUAAUUCCAUACCUGCUGUGGCUAGGAAUGGAUCAAUGCCACCCGGGAUUGCCAUGACACCAGGUGAAUCAGCACAAACUAGUUUCAACUACUUGCCUCCAGAGAAUGGUUAUCAUCAGCGUCCUCAAAUUUCUCAAGGCUACCACCCUUAUCGACGUUGAUGGGUGUGUGGUCAGUUCAUUUGGCCGUUUUUACUGUUGUUAAUGUUAAAAAUGUUUUUUUUUUUUCGGACUCAUUCAUGAAUGGAAUUCAAUAAAUAUAAUAUUCAUUGAAGCACUGAAAUAACCAUAUUUUCAUAAAACAGACAAUUUAAAGUCUCAUUUAAAAUUAAAUACAAUUUGCAAUUAUUUAAU